GCCUCCAGCCUCUUCUUGUAUCUAUCUUUCUUCCCUUGCUGGUUCCCUCCACGAUGGCCGUGUCUGAUAGCACAUGGGAUCUGCCAUGGAUCAUCUGGGCCGUGGCAAUCUUCGGUUCCCUCUCCUCCGCCGGGUUCGGGUUCGACCAAGCCUGGUGGGCGAGUAUCAUGAGCUCGCAGCAAUUUGCCAGUCGGUUUGGACACUACAGUCACGUCCAAGGAACCUGGGUGCUGAGUGACCGACAACAAUCGCUUGGCACAGGACUGGGCUACGCAGGGGUCAUCCUGGGGCUUCUGUGUGCCACCCCGCUGAACGAACGGUUCGGCCGCAAGAAGAGCCUAUGGAUCCAGUCAGCCGUGGUGAGCGUGGGCGUUGUCAUCGAAUCAACCUGCGAGACGAGCUAUGCCCAGUUCCUCGUAGGCAAAGCCGUCGUCUACUUUGGCGGCGGCAUCGCCUCCAACGUGAUCCCGGUGUACCAGGGCGAAUGCGCUCCCCAGGCUCUCCGUGGGGUGAUGGCAGGCACGUACAACGUCUUCCUGAUGGUCGGCGGACUAGUGGCGGCCCUCAUCGUCUACCUCUGCCGCCACAUCCCCGGGGACUGGGCCUGGCGCGGGGUGGUGGUGGCGCAGAUGGCCAUCCCGGUACUGAACUGGAUCAGUCUGCCAAUUCUUCCCGAGUCCCCCUACUGGCUGAUGCAACGCGGACGCCUCGACGAAGCCGGGGUCAGUCUGGCUCGACUGCGCGGCAUCUCCCUUGCGGACGCCAAGGUCGAGCAACAGCAGUUGCAAAAGCAACAGCAACAGCAACAGCACCAAGAAGAUCAGCAACCCGACGAGUCCUCCUCCUGGUCUCUCUGCUUCACCAACCCCAUCCACCGUCGCCGUACCAUCAUCUGUGUCGGGGCGCAAGUCUUCCAGCAAGCGCAGGGCAUCUCCUUCGUCGCCAACUACCAAGCCGUCUUCCUGCAACAGAUCGGCUUCCGCCAAGUCCUCCUGAUGUCUGUCAUUGUGUACGUGAUUGGAAUCGCCGGCAACCUGACCGGUGUGGCCAUCACCGAUCGCCUGGGCCGCCGGCUCGUGCUGCUGGUCUCCGCCGCCCUGCUGGGCGCAUGCAUGCUCAUCAUCGGCGGGCUGACGUGCACGCCGACCGACAAUUACGGCCGACAGGUCGGCGCGGUUGUCAUGCUGAUGCUGUGGUUUUUCACGUUCCAGAGCACCUGGGGCCCGUUGGCGUGGGUGCUGACGGCGGAGGUGCCCCCGGCCGCCGCGGUGCGCGAGAAGAUGGUGACGCUGGCGGGGUUCGCGGCGUACGGGACGGGGCUCGUGAUAGUGUUUGUGAACCCGUACACGCAGGCGGCGAUUGGAGGCAGCGUGGCGUUUAUCUAUGGAGGAUUGUCGGUGGUGGCGACGGUGUUUGUGUGGUUCGUGGUUCCCGAGCUGAAGCAGCGGUCGCUGGAGGAGAUCGAUGAGAUGUUCGCGGAACAGGUCUCGGCCAGAGCAUUUGGAACGUAUCGGUGUCAAGGUAUAUUGUCAAGGAGUGAGGUUGAAGGAAAGGCAGGGUCUCUGGAGGAAGAAUGUGUUGAAAUCUUGUGA